AUGGCAGAUCCCCGCAUUAGACAAAUAAAAAUCAAGACCGGCGUUGUUAAACGCAUUGCUAAGGAAAAGAUAGUUUACGAGAAGGAAGUAGAGCAGCAGAAAAAUAGAAUACAGAAAAUAAAAGACGAAGGACAGGACGAGCACAAUAUACGAAAGCAGGAAGAGGUGCUCCAAGAGUCUCUUAUGAUGGUCCCAGACUGCCAGAGGCGACUGGUAAAAGCAUACACAGAUUUGAAGACAACACUAGAAACAGAGCAAGACCUCAAAGAAAGUGAAGACUAUAUAAAUGCCCAACAGGUUCUAAAGGACGCUGAAUCACAGUUGCCCGAAUCUGCCUAA